AAGCAAUACUAGAUUUGUUUUAUGAGAUUAUGAUAAAAUAAAUAUACUCAGAUGAUAGUUAGAAAUAUUUGAUGAAAUACAGCUAAUGAAUAAAAACCACGUGCGGCUGUAGUCGACAUAAUCGCUACUAUCUCCGCAACGUGUCCGAACAUAUCUUUUCUAUACAUUUUAUAUCUUGAGUUUAUCACUGAACAUGCAUUUUUCUAUUUAAUAAAUCCAUGUAAUAUUCCCAAUAAUGUGUUGCAAUUCAUUUUCAAUCUUCACCGAAAAGCCCCCUCAAAUUGACACUUCAUUAAUUAUUCAUCCGUGUUAUUUAAUUAAGACGAAAUUGGGCAUAAAAUGAUAUUCAUAAAGGUACAACUGCUCGUAAAAAAAGAAGGAAUUCGCAGAUAAUACCAAAGUAACGGUAUCAUAUUUAACAAUAUAAUGUUCGGGUGUGUCAAUAACCGCCGCCGUCUCCGUCUCAUCGGAGAAUAUAUCAGUAAAGAAAUGUUUUAUUUAUCAAUUUUCUAAAUUUAUACAAUAUUUAAUGAUAAACCAUGUUAUAUUUUCAUAUUUCCUUGAAUUCCGUGCAAAGAGUCUCGUAAUAAAGUCGUAAUAAGUCUUGGUCGUGAGGUUCGAUGCCGGGCAAAAUCGUAGAUAUGGCUGAUUUUCGUGUCGCCGGGGCGAAAAUUGAACGUCGAAAAAUGAAUUUUGGUAUCAGGAGAAUAUGAUGAGUGAGGAGCCAGGAAAUCAGGAGACUAUACGCAAACGUUAGUAACUCGUCGAAAUAGCAGACGAGUUUAAGCUCCGAGUUUUUUCGCGGCUUCCUAUUGGUUGCCCGGCGCCAUCAUGCUUUUUUUGCUAGGAACCAAUAGGAAGCCGCGAAAAAGCUCGGAGUAAACUCGUCUCCUAUUUCGACGAGUUACUAACGUUUGCGCAUAGUCCCCCAAUUUCAAAAUGGACCCCGCCGCCGGAUUGAACAUGAAUCAAAUUGGCAGAGCAGAUGUUAAUUUAAACGGGUUAAUUAAUAGUAUAUUCGGACGAAUAAAGAUUAUUUAUACAGCAGUGCAUUAAGAAUCGUUUGAAAAUCAACGGUAUGGCACUGCGAGUAUAUCACGUUAUUUUGCGAAUGCUCAACCUCUACUCUAACGAUUGUAUGACAGCUCCCAGACGUUUACACCAGAUGAGAUUUCUAUGCGUGCUGACACUCAAUUAUACAAUUAGUAAAGUGAAUACUACUGGAAGUAAAUGUCACCAUUUCGGAGUAGAAGAAUCAAAGUGCUACCUCAAGAGCAGAGGGGCUAGACUGACAGCUAGAAUAUGGGAUUCAAUCUAGAGAAAAGUCCGAUCAUACUUGGUCGAACUGUAUUUGUCCCAGGGGAGAAUGCAAAGCUGAAACGACAGAGUGCUUGCGGUAUAUGUCAGAUGUUAUUAUUACACCCCUGUGUACCUUGGCGGAAAGUCACUGCCAGUGUGUCGCUGGGCAAGGUCCAGCUGCCCACCGCAAACAUGUUGUUGCUCUGCUUCUGCAAACGACACAGAGAGUUGAAGAAAGAGAAAUCAUACUUCCUAGUACAUGUAUCAUUUCAAGAACUGCAGUCAUUUCACAACCCAUGGAUAUGAAAUGCAAAUCAGCUGGAGACUUGGAGUCCUAUACAAAAAGAAUCGUAACCACAGGAUCCGAGAUGCGUACAUCAACUUUCGUAGAUUUCAUUACAGCUGUAUGCCUUCCAAGCAUACUAUUAUGUCGGUCUUCACAUUCGGCAUAUGAAGCUCAAGUGCCCGUCAAAAUGUCCUUGAUUUUUCAUUGUUUCGAACGAUUAUUCGUUGAUAACUCGAUCAUUUUCAUAGAUGGAAUUAUUUUUC